GCAGGAGUGUGUUGAUUUGAGGCACUUGGGCAGUGGGUAGUCGGUCCCAUGACUUGGUUGUGGCUGGAGUUGUCCGAGUGCCCAGUGUUCCUGCCAUGUAAAUUCCAGCCAGACUCCCCAGAUAUCAGGCACUGGUGGAACGGUAAGGUGGCCCGUACCCGCCCUGCCCCGGGAGGAGAGCAGUCACUGGGCUGCCCUUUGGGGGCUACGGACUUGGCACGUCAGGGUCUUUCCCGCAGCUGCCAGUGUGGACUUAGAGGUUCACGGUAGCGUGAACUUGCUUCUGACUGCCUUGGUUAAGGGAAUCCUAUGGGAGGAAGAGGGGGUGUAAAGCCUUCCUACAAUCUGGGGACUGAUUUUAACAAUGCAUUUGCUAGAAGUGAAGCCUGAAGUAACGGUUCAGAGCUGGGUGCUUUCCCACAGAGUGAAGUGUGUAAGGGUCAUAUUUUUUGCUGCCUGAAUUGUCUGGUGCUGUGCUGUGUCUAAUGGAGAACCUAUUUUGACUUUUCUUUUCUGUACUCUUUCAAUCAAAGGGUAGCCUCUGAGGGUAAGUGACUAAGACUUCUCCUCUCCUGUCCAAGCGCUUCGGUGCAGGGACAGCGGCCGUCCUCAGCCAAUCCAGUGCAGGCUCUCCGCCGAAGGCUGGCUCUAGAUGGUGGUAUGCGCACGAUAGUCUAGUGCUGGCCCACUGCUGCUGUGGUUCUCUGACGAUUGUGCUUCUUGUUAAUCCUCUGUCGUGCUUGGUAAUUGUAUUGAUUAGAGUUGAUAACUGUCUUGACAUGAAUUUUGUCCAUUUGAAACUUCUCUACCUGUGCAAUAAAGAUGCAGUACCUUUCUCUUAAAAAAAAAUGGGAAGCUGUGAAAACUGGCUGGUGGGAGUUCAGACUAGUGUGGGAUGGUGUUUUUAUCUCUGAAAGUCCUAGAGUUGCUUUUUCAGCCCUAAGUGUUGACACAGUCUAGUAAAAGGUGUGCAUCUUUAAAUCAUUCCAUGGACACUUUUUAUAUUGUAACUUAUUUCAAAAAUAGUAGUUAAGUUUAAAUAUAUGUCUUGAGGACUUCAUUUUUUUUUUUUUUUUUUUUUUUUUUUAGGACCUAAGAGUUAACGGUUUAAUAAUAUUAUCACUAUCUGAGUACUAAAGGUUUUCUUAUUAGAACCAAAAAAGUUACUGAUGGUUUUGUUUAUCAAAUGUUUGAACCGUUUACUUGCAACUCUCAGGACAUGCAGCCUUGGCUCCAUCACACGGGCUUUUCCUCGGUCCCCUCUGGUGCCUGGAGCGAGAGCUUCUGAGCCAGGUGCUGCUAGUGGGCAGAUGUAGAAUUUAUCACUGAGGAAUUUUUCUGUGGGUUUGUAGGUCACCUUCUCCAGGAUUUCGGGCAGAGAUAACCAGGGUGGGGGGUGCAUCAGUCAGACCCCAGCACGACUUGGCUCCCCUCUGGAUGGAGCCUGGUACCAUUGGGGGAUGUUACGAGCACUAAAUACGUGACCCGUGCAACUGUUUUUUUGUGAAGUUAAUCUUUUGUUUUUGCAAUGUUGAUAAAGUUAAGGUGAGAUCUGAUUUUUGGUCUGUUGAAUCUUAGAGAAAUAUAUCUGAAUGAAAAUGUUGAAAAUGUAGCCAAUGUCAAAACUUUAAUUUUUUAAAAAAUGCAAAUGUUUUGUAUUUUUAUAUCUUCUAAAAUGUGAUAAAGUUUUUAAAAUGUCCUGAUUGUGAUGAAACUUGUAAUAUUUUGUUGCUUUUAUCUGAUUUUAUGAAUGUUCAUUUUAAGACUCCUUGUUGAAAUGGGACAGUUUGGAAACGGUUCUUUGAUAAGCCUGAGAAGAGGAUUUCCCUUGGGGCGCUGAGCCCUCUGCAUGACGUUCCCAUACACCCAAGGGCGUUUUCCUCCCUUUUCAAGUGGACUCCCGUGUGGAAGAAGCCACGCCGUGAGCACCUCUCCCCGGAGAAGGAGCGCAAGAGGACGACUUGUCUCAGAAAGGCCCUCGCAGGCUUUGUGCUGAGCCCAUUCAUUUGAGAACUACAUGAAUGACAGCCUUCGUACAGACGUUUUUGUGAGGUUCCAGCCUGAGAGCAUCGCCUGUGCCUGCAUCUAUCUCGCUGCCCGGACGCUGGAGAUCCCUUUGCCCAGUCGUCCCCAUUGGUUUCUGUUGUUUGGAGCGACUGAAGAAGAAAUUCAAGAAAUCUGCUUAAAAAUUCUGCAGCUAUAUACUCGGAAAAAGGUUGACCUGACCCACCUGGAAGGUGAAGUGGAGAAGCGCAGGUACGCCCUCGACGAGGCAAAGGCACAAGCCAAGGGCCUGUUGCCCGGCGGCACCCAGGUGCUGGACAGCGCGUCGCGGUUCUCGCCUGCCCCCAAGCCGGCGGAAUCCCCCAAGGAAGGCCAAGGAGACAAGCCUUCCCCACUCUCUGUGAAGAACGCCAGGAGGAAAGUGGAGGGCGUGAAGAGAGCCAAGGCCGACAGCCCGGUGAACGGCUUGCCGAGGGGGCGAGGGGCUCGAAGUCGGAGUGCGAGUCAUGAGCAGAGUUACUCCAGGUCCCCGUCACCAUCCGCUUCUCCUAAGAGAAGUGGUUUCCUUCACAGGAAAAGUGACAGCGGCUCUACGUCUGGCGGAUCCAAGUCACAGAGCCGCUCGCGGAGCCGGAGUGACUCCCCACCCAGACAGGCCCAUCGGGGCGCUCCCUACAAAGGCUCCAAGGUAAGGAGCUACCGGAGGUCCAAGGACUGCAAGUACUCCGCCCAGAAGCCACACAAGUCUCGGAGCCGGAGCUCCUCUCGCUCUCGGAGCCACUCGCGGGAACGGGCAGAUAAUUCUGGAAAAUACAAGAAGAAAAGUCAUUACUGUAGAGACCAGCGACGGGAGCGUUCUCGGUCUUACGAGCGAGCGGGCCAUCGCUACGAGCGGGACCACCCCGGGCACAGCAGGCACCGGAGGUGAGGGUGGGGUCCCUGAAGGUCUGCCCUUCGGCCCUCGGCAUGCUCACCUCGGCCGCUGGCCCUGGGGCAUGACUCUUUGUGGAAAUGGUUGUUGACUCGGGACCGUGUGAUGAAUUUGGAGAUGGAAUGGAGAGGCCAGCAAGCCGCCCUUUAGCGUGGCCCAGGCCCAGCUCACCCUGCCCGCCUCAGCCGCGACCCUGCUGGUUGCAAAGGCAGGGUGCGCACGUCCCGGUGGCGUGGCUUGGUGCUACGACAGGCUGUCUCUUCGAUUCCGUACCGAUACUCGAUUACGUUAAACCAAGAAAAUGACUUUUCGAACCUUUGCCUAUAUUAGGUUGUACUUAUGUACGUAUUUUGCAAUGUUUCACUAUGAGAAAAUGGCCUUAACAGCCCCUCACUCUGUCCACGUUGUAAAUAAACAUAUGUUUAAUACAAGUUAAAGCUAUAUACGAAAACUCAGAACUUGAAUUCUGUCAGCUUAAAACUUGUGUAGAGAAUUCUGAUUUUUAAAAUGUGAGAGUAUUUAGAUCUGUGUUGAAAGUCGUAUAUAUUUUUAUCUGUGCAAUGCUGAGUGCAGGCCACCAGCUCCUAAAUAGAGAAGUUUCCUAUAUAUGCAUUUUAUGUGGUUAAAUAAACAACAAUUCUCUCUACUCAGGA